UGACUGUCAUUUGACGCGUAACAAGCGUAGCAGAAGCAACCCAAAGCCAAAUCGUAUAGAGCGCGUGUUGAAUCGAAGAGAGUUUGAGAAGCAUUGAGAAAUGGCUCAACAACACAGACUACUGCUGCAGUUGUUGCUGCUCUGCCUGCUGAGCCUGCUGCCCACGCAGCUGUUGGCAGCGGAGCAGCCAGCGCGCAUUGUUUGCUAUUUUAGCAACUGGGCUGUUUAUCGUCCCGGCAUUGGACGCUAUGGACUGGAGGAUGUGCCUGCAGAUCUUUGCACGCAUUUGGUUUACUCCUUCAUUGGCGUUGACGACAAGAGUUGGGAGGUGCUGGUCAUAGAUCCGGAGCUUGAUGUGGAGCAGGAGGGCUUCCGCAAGUUUACGCAGCUGCGUGAGACGCAUCCAAAGCUGAAGCUGCAAAUCGCUGUGGGUGGCUGGGCCGAGGGUGGCUCCAAGUACUCGAAGAUGUCGGCAGUGCGUGAGCAUCGUCAAAGUUUCAUACGCAGCGUGGUACAGUUCAUGAAGCAGUACGACUUUGAUGGCUUCGAUUUGGAUUGGGAGUAUCCUGGCGCUACCGAUCGCGGUGGCAGCUAUGGCGACAAGGAUAAGUUCCUCUACUUUGUGCAGGAGCUGCGACGUGCCUUCGAUCGCGAGGGACGCGGCUGGGAGAUAACUAUGGCCGUGCCUGUAGCCAAGUUCCGACUGCAGGAGGGCUACCAUGUGCCCGAGCUGUGCGAACUGCUGGAUGCUAUACAUGCCAUGACCUACGAUCUGCGCGGCAACUGGGCGGGCUUUGCGGAUGUGCACAGUCCGCUGUACAAGCGCCAGCAUGAUCAGUAUGCCUAUGAGCGACUGAAUGUGAAUGACGGCCUGGCGCUGUGGGAGGAGAUGGGCUGCCCGGCGAACAAGCUGGUGGUCGGCAUACCGUUCUAUGGACGCACCUACACUCUGAGCAGCUCCAACAAGAACUACAACAUGGGCACGUAUAUCAACAAGGAGGCGGGCGGCGGUGCACCAGGACCUUACACCAAUGCCAGCGGCUUUUUGGCCUACUACGAGAUUUGCACUGAGGUAAUGGACAAGUCCAAGGGCUGGACGGUUGAGUGGGAUGAUGGUGGCAUGGUGCCGUAUACCUACAAGGAUACGCAGUGGGUGGGAUAUGAGAAUGAAGCGUCCGUGCAGAUCAAAAUGGACUUUAUCAAGUCGAAAGGCUAUGCCGGCGCCAUGACUUGGGCCAUUGACAUGGACGAUUUUCAUGGCUUGUGCGGCCCCAAGAAUGGACUCAUGCAAAUACUCUACAACAACAUGCGGCACUAUCGAGUGCCGGAGCCAACGCGUGAGACUACGCCACGGCCUGAAUGGGCAAAGCCGCCAGCAACGCCACCAAAUCCCGAUGAGCUACAGCCAACGAUGACGCCGACGACGACGACGCGUAAACCGAAACCAAAGCCAAAACCCACGUCAACGCCAGUCAGACCAACAGCAGCGCCAGUGCCAGCUGUAGCAAGCACCAGCAAGAAACCAACAACAAAGAAGCCAAAAAAGCCCAAGAAGACAACAACAAAAACAACGACGACAACGACGACAGAGACGCCCUUCAUAACUGAGGAGCCCGAGGAGCCCGUCGAUCCUGUAGAAACUGCCACAGCUGCCGAUGAGUUUGAUGCUAGUGAAAUUGACUGCACCAAUCGCGACUUUGUGCCACAUCCCAACUGCCGCAAGUACUUCCGUUGUGUGCAUGGCAAGCCCGUGGAGUUUGAGUGCAAGGAGGGCACCGCCUUUCAUACCGUGCUCAAUGUCUGCGAUUGGAUCGAGAACAGCGAUCGUUACUACUGCACGCGCAUGAAGAGCGGACACUAGAGCAACAUAAUUUAUUUAUUUUAUGCAUAUAAUAUUAUUAUAAGUGUAGCUGUCUAUUUUAAGACGCUGCGUAGCUUAGGAUCUUAAUUGAAUAUUUGCGGCAGCUCGUAAACAAAUUGAUAAUACCCAUGACUAGACGAAAGCAAUAAACAUUUGAUAAAAAUUA